AUGCGGGAGAGCAUGGGCUACGCCCCGGUGCUCUCAGCCGCCGCCCCCGCGCCCUAUAGCAGCGGUGACCUCAUCAGCCUAACGUGCGGGCCCAGCCUGCCAGUGGCGGCGGCGCGAGCGAGGCACCCAGCGGUGGCGGCGCUAGCGAGGCACCCAGCGGCGACGCAUGGAGGAGGGCGAGGUGGAAGAGGGCCAUGCGCGAGGCGUCCAUGGUGGGGAGGCGGGGGGGGGGGCGGCGAAUCCCUGGAGGACGGGCGAGGCGACCAUGGUGGGGAGGCGGGUGGCGGCCAACUCCUAGAGGACGGGAGAGGCGGCCAUGGUCGGGAGGCAGGGGGCGGCCAACCCCUGGAGGACGGGAAAGGCGGCCAUGGUGGGGAGGCAGGGGGCCAAGUAUCACCAAGGGAUGCGGCUACAUCGGCUUGUCUAGAUGGAGGACCACCAAAGAAGAGGGAAAAGACCACCAAAGCAUCAAUUGUGCCUUACGAGGAUGAUGCUCCAGCAUCCUCUAUGUGCUUUCUGCCAAGCCAAAGCUUGGAACCUACAACUACGAAAAAGAGAAAACAUGAUAACUCAAUUACUGGAGCAUCAAAAAGCCAAAUGUUGGAGAAAACAACUAAGGGAAAGGGACUAAAUCUGGAUCUAGAGUAGCAAAAAGAUCAAGAACUCAACCCAUUUAAGUGGCCAACAAGAAAGCAUCUAUUGCUUUGAAAUUACAUGCCAAAAUAAAAGGCAAAGAGGUUGAUGAUAAGUUGCCACACCUUCCUAUGGUGCCACAUGAUAGCCCUGCAAUGGGCACACAUUGCAAAAAAUGAAUCCUGCCAGCCCUGCAAUGAGCACACGAAGCAAAAGGAGGCUUAGCUUGUGAUUCUCAUUGGAUCCCUUUCCAUAUCAUGGUUCAUUUGGGAAACUUUUGAGCUGUUUAUGUAAUAUAUAUGUGAACCUGGGCUUUUGUACGUGCUAUAUGUGACCUUCAUGUGUUGUAUUUGACAUGAUGUGAACCUAGACUAUUAUAUGUGAACUCUAUGUGAACCUGAAUGUGUGUAGAGGACUAAAUAUGUGGACUGUUUCCGUAUAUGUGAACCUAGACCAAGUUUCUAUGAACUUUUAAUUUGCAUA